UCCUGGCGAGGUCAACAUUAGCUCUGCGCAUGCUCCACUUAUUAUGUGAUAAAGAAUUGCUAAUGUCACCGAAUUCAAGUUUACUAAUGCCCAUAGAGUUAGAUUAUCGCUAUGCAACUCUAUGUUUUAGCCUCACUGUGGCACAUCCUGCAAUCACAAAUAAUUGUGCCUGCACGAAUGCUCUCAAGUGCGUCUCUAUAUCGAUACACGUCCAGUGAUCAGUCCCAUGUUCUUCCAAUAUUAGGCAGCUGUUGCACUAUCUAUAGUUAAAAAUUUGAUGUUUAGUAUACCUUGCUCGUAACCAGCUUCCGGAGCAAGAUAACUUCACCUCGUAGGAUCGAGGAUCUGAAUUCCAGAUUUGUUUCGUACCGGCUCGUGUUUGCCCUAUACUGUUUGCCGAAUAAAUUAUUUAUGUCCCCGGAAUAUUGUUGGUACAUUCGUGCAAUAGCGCACGAUUUACUUUUUAUUGAACCUGAAAUUCGCAAAGUUUAUCGAAGCGUAGACGUAGACAAGCGACGGCAUUUAUGCGCUGUCUGCGACAUUAAUUAUAAGAUAGCCAGGAAGUUGGUACGAUAAGCUCGGGAUUAUCACGCACGUUUAACGAAAUCGUGCGCUUAUAAAAAAUGAGCACUGCUAAAGAGGAUAAUGACGAGAAGAAAAAAGGCUCGUGGUUAAGGACAAUAUUAGUAACAAUUUUUGUUUUAGUGAUAUUUUUUAGUUUGCCGGUACCUUGUAGAACGCAUAUUCACACUCAUGAUCAUGAUCACGAUCACCAUCAUGAUGAUUCACUUGUUAGAGAGCCUCCAAAUUUUAAAUACUCCAAACAAGCUAAUCAACCGUUAAUGGGAAAACCGUUACAUAGCCACGAUCACAGUCAUCAUAAACAUAAGGAUGAUAAAAUGCACCAGAGAACCGUUAGCGACGUGUUUGUACAAGCAAUGGGAUCGACGUUCCUUAUAUCCAUUGCACCAUUCUUGACGUUGUAUUUCGUUCCCUUGGAUAAUACUAAAGAAUGCGAACCUCUAUUGAAAAUAUUAUUAAGUUUCGCCUCGGGUGGUUUGCUCGGUGACGCCUUUCUUCACUUGAUACCUCACGCUCUAUCGCGUGAACACGAUCAUAAUCACUCCCAUGAACCGAAAGGUGACCAUUUACAUGAUACAUCCGUAGGUUUAUGCGUAUUGGGUGGUAUUAUUAUGUUCCUACUCGUUGAAAAGACUGUUCAUCUAAUCAAAGGAGGCCAUAGUCAUAGUCAUAAUGCACCUGAAAAGAAAAUACAACAAGAAACCAGUAACGAAAAGAACGAUACCAGUGAAAAAAAUGAAAAAGAUAAUAGUGACAGUCUCGGUAAAGAAUAUGAGAGUGAAGAAGUCGUUAAUGAUAUUAAAGUUGCAGGCUAUUUAAAUUUGGCCGCCGACUUUCUACAUAACUUCACAGAUGGUUUAGCAAUAGGUGCAAGUUAUUUGGCAGGAAAUACAGUCGGAUACGUAACUACUUUUACAAUAUUAUUGCACGAAGUUCCUCAUGAAAUUGGUGAUUUUGCUAUUCUCGUACAAAGCGGAUGUAGUAAACCAAAGGCUAUAAUGUUACAACUAGUAACUGCUGUUGGGGCUUUAUUAGGAACAUUUAUUUCGCUUAUUGUUGGUGGAAUGGGUGAUCUUGCUACAAGGUGGAUCCUGCCCUUUACAGCGGGUGGCUUUAUUUACAUUGCUACUGUAUCUGUGAUUCCAGAAUUACUAAUAGACACAAAAUUCUGGCAAUCGGUUAAAGAAAUUACUGCCAUUCUUAUUGGUGUAUAUAUGAUGGUGCUUGUUUCAGAGUACGAAUAAAUGGAUUAAUAUUAUUAAAAAAAUUCAUUUUGUAUGUUUUAAUAUUGUUAUUUUAACUAUAACGAAU